AUGUGCCCUCCCCAAUCCUUAGACUCAGCAUCCGCUCUUAACAAGGACAACAUGACUGCAAUCGACAUGACUGGUUCCUCAAGACCGAAUGGCUCUUCAAACGGUGUUAACGGUGUCAAUGGUACUAACGGCCACCUCAAACGUAAUCCAUACGCCCCCAGGGCAUCUGAUUUCCUCAACAACGUGUCAAACUUCAAGAUCAUUGAAAGCACGCUCAGAGAGGGCGAGCAAUUCGCAAAUGCUUUCUUUGACACCAAGACCAAGAUUGCCAUUGCUAAAGCCCUCGAUGCUUUUGGCGUUGAGUACAUCGAACUCACCUCUCCCGCUGCAUCCGAGCAAUCCCGUCUUGAUUGCGAGGCCAUAUGUAAGCUGGGCUUGAAGUCCAAGAUUCUGACACAUAUCCGGUGUCAUAUGGACGAUGCUCGCAUAGCUGUUGAGACUGGUGUCGACGGUGUUGAUGUCGUCAUUGGUACAUCAUCUUAUCUCCGCGAGUUCUCACACGGAAAGGACAUGGCGUACAUCACCAAGACUGCUAUAGAAGUUAUCCAGUUCGUCAAGUCCAAGGGCAUUGAGGUCCGAUUCUCGACCGAAGACUCCUUCCGGUCAGACCUCGUAGAUCUCCUUUCGAUAUACCAAACUGUAGACAAGAUCGGUGUCAACCGUGUUGGUAUCGCGGACACUGUCGGAUGCGCCAACCCGAGACAAGUGUACGAGCUUGUGCGGACGUUGAGAGGCGUCGUUGGCUGCGACAUCGAAAUUCACCUGCACAACGAUACUGGCAUGGCUAUUGCGAACGCAUACUGUGCUCUAGAGGCAGGUGCAACACACAUCGAUACUUCCGUGCUAGGCAUUGGUGAGCGUGUCGGAAUCACCCCUCUGGGCGGCCUCGUUGCUUGCCUGUACGCCGCCAACCCUGAGUACGUCAAGUCCAAGUACAACCUCACCAUGCUUCGUGAAGUGGAGAACCUCAUAGCCGAAGCAGUGGAGGUAAAUGUACCCUUCAUGAACCCCAUCACGGGCUAUUGCGCCUUCACUCACAAGGCAGGUAUUCACGCCAAGGCCAUUCUCAACAACCCCAGCACGUACGAGAUACUCAAGCCCGAAGACUUCGGCCUUACGCGAUACGUCUCAAUUGGGCACCGGCUGACGGGAUGGAACGCUGUCAAGUCUCGUGUGGAGCAGCUUGGUCUCGAGCUGACUGAUGAAGAAAUCAAGGACGCCACCGCCAAGAUCAAGGAGCUUGCUGACGUUCGCACGCAGUCUAUGGAUGACGUUGAUUCUCUCCUGCGUGUAUACCAUUCUGGUAUCCAGAGCGGUGAACUUGCCGUCGGCCAGAAGGAGGCCCUCGACCGGUUGUUACGCCAGCAUCGUGAGGCUGUGGCAAGGGAGGGGGAGGACGAUGCUCGGGUUCCUGUAGUCACCGCUUCUGCGUAA